AUGGAGAAUAGCUCGGUGGGCUCAUUAGUGGUUUCGUUGCUCGCCAACGUGGACAUUAACGAGUCGAAAGUGGACGAAUUGUCCUUACAGGUGUCUGAGUUGAUUACAAAUAGGAAAAUUAAAUUGAUCGAUAUCAUUGUGCUGCUGAAGGAUUAUAUCACUUCUGAGGAGGAUACAAAGAGGAAAAAGGCAUUAGCUUCUUUGACGUCAGUUUUACGUACUUUGAAACCAGAUCAAUUGCUGAAAAAUGAAGUUAGUGUGGUAUUCACGUUUUACAAGUCUAAAUUGCAAGAUACUGUCUUGUUGAAAGAAGCUUUCGAAGGGCUCAGUUCAUUGAUGUCAAUGAAGUAUAUUUCCUUCGAAGAAACUAUUGUCUUACUCGAUUUCUUAAGAGAUGACUACCACCAAAAUGAACAUUUGGCGCCAAUCAGAUUCUUCACAUUCAAGAUUUUAGAAUCUGUCUAUGAUAGAUGGAGUGAGAAUUUGAAAGAUAAUGUCAAAUCAAGUGAUCUGUUCAUCAAAAGUUUCAUAAAUAUAUCUACUGGUGAAAAGGAUCCAAGAAAUUUGCUAACUUCCUUCGCAUUAAACAGUUUGAUCAUUCAGAACUUACCUAACGCCCCAAGUUAUGCUCAAACAUUGUUUGAUAUUUUAUUUUCUUACUUCCCAAUUACUUUCAAACCCCCAAAGAAUGAUCCUUACAAGAUUACUAAUACAGAUCUGAAAUUGGCAUUAAGAGAGGCUAUAUCAUCUUCAAGUCUCUUUGCAGAAGAUGCCUUUGGAAAUCUAAUUGAUAAAUUGUCUGCUACUUCUCCAAUUGUUAAGAACGAUACUUUGUUCACCAUCAAAGCAUGUAUCUUAAAAUUUGGCGGUAAAAAUUGUUUGCAAUUUUGGUUACCUAUAUGGAAUGGUCUAAAAUUUGAAAUUAUGCAUAAUAGCGAAGGCUCGGAGGCUUCCUUCUUGAAUCCAUUAGAAUCGUAUGCUUCUCAAGGUAACGAUGAAAGUGAAAAGAGCACAUACGAAGCUGCUCUGGAUGUUAUCAAGACAUUGUCUUUGGAAUUGGCAGAUUUCGAUAUAAAUGCUUUCAAUAAAUUUUUUAGUUAUAUCUUAGAAGAACUGACACCUAACUUCACCUACAGCAAAGAUCUAAAACAGAGUUGUAGUAUCUUAGCAUCAAUUGCUAGUGCAAAUAAAGCUACUUUCGAUAAAACCAUCGAUGAUACGUUACCUUUGUUCUUAACUGACACAUCAGAAAUUUCAAAACUUAAGUUGUUAUUAAUGAAUCUAUCUUUCUUUUUAGACGCCUAUAUCACUGUAUUUGGUGAGACAACCAUCACAAGUUCUGUCGACGCUGAAACUGUCGCACAGAAUAAAUUGCUUGAUUAUAAGGAUGAGAUAUUGAUGAUUUUGAGUAAAGCUUUGACAGGAAAUUCAAAAUCAGAAGUCACUGUCAGAACUCUAUCCAUAAUCCAGUUCACUAAGAUGAUAAAAAUGAAAGGGUAUUUGACGAAGGAAGAAAUUGCAUUGGUAAUUCAAUAUCUGACUGAUACAAUUUUAACGGAUAAUAACAAAAACAUAUAUCACGCUUCUCUAGAAGGCUUGAAGGUAAUUAGUCAAAUAUAUGAAAAUAUCGUAUUUGAGGUCUCUCUAAAGAAUAUGCUAGAUUUAUUACCUUUAGAUUGUACGGAAAUAAUAAACUAUAACAGUGAUGAAAUAAUACAACUCGAAACCAUUUUGAAGAUAAUUUUAGAUUUUACAACGUCAAGACAUAUUUUGGUCAAAGAAAGUAUUAUUUCUCUAUGUAAUAAAUUGCAUAUGGUCUGCGAAAAGAAACAUUCUGAUGAAUACUGUUUCCUUCUAUUAUCAGCCAUCUAUUCAUUAUUGGAAAACAACAUAUUAACUGUAGCAGAAACUGAUGCUAAUUAUAUCAAGGAAUCUGUGGAAUCAAUUUUACUGAAUUUGGCCCUAACUAAUAACCCUAUAAUCCAUGAUGACCAUAAUCUAUCAUUAUUAGCCAACGUAGUAUUCUUUAUUAAUAUUAAGAGUGAUAGGAAAAAUCAACCUGCAUAUUUGGAAAGAACAAAUAAAUUAUUUUUAGAUGAUUUAAAAAUAAUGGAUAAUCCAUCACGUUUGGUUAUAAUAUAUACCAAAAUUAUUUCUGCUAUUGAUAAGGCGUGUGACUUUGAGGAAGCAAACACUAUUUUCGAAAAAACACUGGAAUUAUUAAAAUCAAAUCAUGCAUCAAUAGGUAGUAUGGAAAAAUUGGGUUACUUAGAGCUUUUAUGCGUAUUAACAAAUAAAUGGACAGAUGUUGGAAACGUUGGAAAAUACGUUGAUUGGAAAGAUCAAUCAUUUGUGAAUCUAGAAAAUUUAGUUUGGUUAAGUAGAGGACUAAUAAUGAAAAAUUCAAAGGAAGGAGAAAAUAUGCUUGACCAUUUUAUUAUCUUGUUGAAAGAUACAAAGCUGGGGUCAUUUGUUUCUAAAUUAUUUGAAAUAUUUGUUAUUGAUAUUGGUUCCAUGCGUAAAUAUAAAGGAAUUGCAUGGGCAAAUAACGUUAAAUUACUUUACAAACAAAAAUUUUUCAAUGAUAUUUUCCAAGUUCUAGUCACUCACUACAGAGACACAUCAUCAAUGGAAAUUAAAUGUAAUUAUUUGACUGCAUUAUCUUUGAUUUUGAAACACACACCAAGUAAUUUGGUUGAACCUUACAUGAACGAUUUAUUACCUAUGUUGAUCCAAGCUUUGGAUAUGCCAAAUAGCGAAGUAAGAGUAUCAUCUUUGGAAACUUUAAAGGAUGCAACAGAUAAAUUUGGUCCAUUAAUCACUGAACAUAUUGAAAUUUUGGUGCCAUUUUUAUUGAAGUUAGUUCCCUCGGAUAAAUAUAACGCUGUUUCAGUAAAAUUAUUAGCAUUACAAUUGUUGGAAGAACUAACCACAACGAUACCAUUGAAUUAUUUGUUAGAAUAUAAAGAGAAAGUAAUCAUUGCAUUGGGGCCUAUUCUAUCAGACAAGAAAAGAAUCGUCCGUAGGCAAUGUAUUGAUACAAGACAAGCUUACUAUGAACUUGGACAGGUCCCAUUCGAAUAA